UUAAAAAAAUGCUCAUUUACAAGAAAACAUGUCAAGUGUACUUAGAGGGUUCAUAUAUUCUCAUAUAUUGUUGAAAGCUUUCUGUAACAUGCAGUAUAAACUCAUGUCAGGAGGUUCGUUAUGAAAUUCAAAACUGAAAAGGUUAACAACCAGCUCAAUAUAACAAAGCUAUAUGUGCACAUAAAAGUUAGAUCUGGAUCUUACCCAGGCUGUCCAAUCUCAUCAAGAAGCUAUUUGUUGCUUCCCUUUAAGAUCCAUAAAUAUCCUCAAUUAGCAUGUCCCAUAGAGCCCAGUCAGGCCACAUUGGCAGCUGACUGAACUAUCAAACCAUCACUUCAUCCCUACAUUCCAUUCCAGUAAUAUCAUGGUUACUGGUUAGUAAGUGCUAAAACACAAAGAUCCUAUAUAAACACAGGCUGAGAUAUCCACCAGCCACAUUCUGACUUUGCAAACUUUUGCUCCACUUUUUUAAGCUCGCAUUUCAAUUUCCCCACCAUGGCGGAUGCUAUUAAGUUCUCACCUAGGCCUCAAUAUUGUCAUGAUGUUUCUUGGUAUCCCCUGAGCUCCAGAUGGCCCAGCGUAAUCUUUAACCAACACUUUGGCCUGCCUCCAUUAUUGGACCCUAGAGACCUGAGUUGGAUGGAAGGUAUCUUCAGAAGACUGGGGACGUCUGCUUGGCCCGGGUACGUGCGGGCACCUGCGUUCGCUCCGUUUAGUCAGGCCGCGGGACAGACCAUCUCCAAGCUGCAUAGAGAAAUGAGUGGAGGGCUAUCAGAAGUGGCCAGUGAGAUGUGCAAGUGGAAAAUUAGUUUGGAUGUCAAUCACUUCGCUCCCUCCGAGAUCACGGUCAAAAUACAGGAUGGAUUUUUGGAAAUUGCAGGAAAACAUGAUGAGAGAUUAGAUGAGCAUGGUUACAUUUCUAGAUGUUUCACAAGAAAAUACAACAUUCCAGUUGGCGUAGACGGUGAAAACAUUCAGACGUUUGUGUCUGCGGAUGGGAUUCUUACAGUGGAGGCUUCAUUACCCAGCGUUCCACCCCCCGCUGAUGUCAUCAUCCCAGUGGAGGUUGAGUUGGAAGCACAAACCAUUAAAGAGAAACAAACGGAUGAGCCUCAAGAUAGUAUCGAAGCAGAGGAAAAGCCAGAAACCUCUCAACCUUCGGCCGUACCCGGAGAGCAACUUGAGGAUGAGCACAAAGCCGACGAACACCCUAAAGACCAGCCGAUUGUACCUGACGUUCCCUGUCCUGACGGAGAACCGCAAGUUCCGUCCGCACCCGAGCCUGGAUCAGAUACCCUCGAGUCUGAGGUCGGUGAACCCGCAGAGCAGGACAAAGCAGGGAUCUUUCAUGAGGCAGCUGAAGACACGGUGAAAGACAGCGAAGAGGUUCAUGAAGACAGACCGCAAGCCCCGGAGACUCCAGACACUGUCACCUCGGAGCAAGAAGAGCAGGCUGAGGUCAUUCAGUACGGUCAGCCCCAGGAGACUGUGGAUGAUGUGUAUACAUCCCCUUCUGUGACAGAUGAGCAAUCAACCUUUGGGCAAAGCCAAGAGGUCUUCAAUCCUCAGGAAGUACUGCAGAAGGAAGCAGAUGUAAUGCAAAAAGAAGUAGCCAAGUAGGCACAAAAAGCAACAUGCCCUGCUCUUUCCUCUUAGCUGUUAAAUGUCCAACGUUUUCCUGUAACAUGCAUACUUUCAGCACUAAUAAAGACCUGAG